AUGUUGAAUACCCUUCAGCCGCAGAUUGAAGACAUGUACAAAUUUGACGACAACCAGUCCAGGGUGUCGGCUCGUGAUCGAAGCAUUCAGAUGAUCACAAACUACCUUGGGCAACAUGGAAUUGACGAUGUGCGAACUAGCAUCAAGAGUGCCAUGUGUCUGCUCACCUGGUCCGAGCAAGAACAAGUGAAGUGGCGACAGGGAUAUCUUGAGAGCUUUGUGCAUCUUGCUGGAGUAAUGAUACCAGAGUUAGAAGACGUGCCAGAGUUCAAGCGUCUUUCUAUUGUGACACGGCGCAAUCUUGGCAUCGCAGCGAAGACACUUCAACUGCGCAAAAUGGAGGCUGAAGAGAAAUUGGCGGCAUUCGACUUCAGCGACCUCUGGGAAGAUACGUCCAAGGUCGCGAACAGCUCUGUCUACCACAGUUACCAGACCUUCCGAUCGUUCCUCAUCAACCACUAUUCGCGCAACUACGGCAACUGGCCGCCAGCUCGGGACCAGACGUGGUUAAAUCGCAAGAUCGCUCUCGCGUUGCAGGAAGAUUUCGGCUCCCUAUACGACUAUCUGGUGAACAGGGACGUGGUUUGGAAUCCGCGUGAGGAACGAGCGAGCCGCAAAUGGGAGAUGGCUCACCGGAGGGACGAAAGUUUCAAAGCCGACGUACCGGAGUUGAACAUUACUGAUCUGCUCGUCCGCUUUGAUGCGAAAUUCAGCUUCGCGCAUAUACCGCAUCCUUACCCUUUACUUCCUAGGGAAAUACCAAAAACGACUAGAGAGAAAGAGAAGAAAAGCCUGUUCUCGAGCCUGAAGAAAGACAAGAGCAAGGACGUCACGAAGGAUGCAAAGGCGCAUUUACAGCUAUCGAUACUCUUUAGCGAUGCCACGAAUAUUGAGAAACUGGAUGUGAACUUCCACGGAUCGACGCUCAUCGACAAAUUCGAGCAAUUCGAAAUGACCACCGACCUCAAGAACAUCACACCCCGCGAAGCUCGUCUAGGCCGCUGGAUUCUCCUCUAUGGCAUCCUCCAAGUCCUCUCCACCAUUUCCGUCGACGUCCAAGGCCUCAAACACACCGACGGCGUUAAAUACCUGCUCUGCACCGAUCUCAAGCGCUGCCCCGAAUGGGUCACAAACGGCCAGACCGAAUACCUCGAAGCCAGCCAGAAGCGCUCCUGA